AAAAAGCCUUCGCCUUAACCAGGACGACAAGAAUCGGCGUCGCUUGCAAACCAGAAAAAAAGUUUCCUUUCACAUUUCCUCUCUCUCUCUACGAAUUCAAUAAAUUUCUAUCAUCUCUCAGCUGCUGUAUUCAACAGAUAACGCGAAAAUUCGAUAUCAAUUGUAUGACUUACUUAAUUUAGGUCCCAAAAGGCCAAAACCCAAGGGAAAGGAAAGAGAAAAAAAAGAAGGGAAAAGGAAAAGUAUUAUCUAUAAAAGGGUACCGGAGGCUGCGAUGCAGAGGGCUGUUGACAAUCUUCUGGCUGUCACCAAGGAGUCAGUGAAGACGGUCACUUACGAAGCACUAAACAAUGUUGUAAGAUUAAUAAAUGGUGUUUCAGCAUUGUUAUUGGCCCUGUUGCCUGGAAAAGCUUCUAUUCUUGAAGGCAUUCAGGGUUGGGAGCUCAGACCAACUUUCCGUGGACCUAGACUUCCACGCUGGAUGGAGAAUGGCGUAUCAUCUUUCAAUCAGGUCAUCCACAAACUCUCUGUCGAUUCCGAUUUAUCUACGAGCGUAGAUUAUUCAUCUGAUGGUGAAGAUAGUAGUGGUAUUUAUCCUGGAUCUCCUUUAUCACAAAUUUCUCGUGUCUUGAGGGAAAGCAAUUUCAUCAAACUCAAAAGAACUUGGGUAUACUGGAUCAUAUGUAUACUGUCAUGGAUUCUAUUUCCUGUGAAAUUCUUUUUCAGCAUUCCAUAUUAUAUAUAUGCUUCGGCUUUCCACAAGGCUUCUGAAUCCCCUGUUAAGACAGGAAAACAACAUCAUUCGGUUGCACGUUCUCCGAGAAGGCUGCAAGCUUUUGUUCAGCGGGCCACUGACCGUAGGCGUGGAAUUGUUGAGGACCUCCACUUAGCAAUUGAGGUGUUCAUAGAAUCCGCAUUUGAUGUUGUUCACAAGGCUGCCCAGUGUCUUCUAGCACCUAUAGACACGACUAAAAGAGUAUUUUGGUGGGUUUCUUCACGAAUAAGUGGCGAUGAAGAGGUUAUGUCUGAGGGUUAUGUCAAGACUUCUGUUCUAGCAGAUGAUAGUCCAACUCCUGUGGAGAGAAAAACGAGUUUUAACAAUUCGCUCAAUACAGAUGCACGGACAUGUAAAGAUGUCAUUACAGAGCUAGGGUAUCCUUAUGAAGCUGUACGAGUGGUUACAUCCGAUGGUUAUGUUCUUCAUCUAGAAAGGAUCCCAAGAAGAGAGUCACGGAAAGUUGUUUAUCUGCAGCACGGAAUAUUAGACUCUUCUAUGGGUUGGGUAUCCAAUGGAGUUGUUGGUUCUCCAGCUUUUGCCGCCUUUGAUCAAGGGUAUGAUGUUUUCCUUGGGAACUUCCGUGGCUUAGUCUCAAGGGAACACGUCGACAAAAAUAUCUCAUCUCGUCAAUACUGGAACUACUCAAUCAACGAGCACGGCACCGAGGACUUCCCCGCCAUGAUCGACAAGAUACACGAGAUCAAAACCUCCGAGCUAGGCCCAUCCCAUCCCAACCUGGGCCCACAACCCUACAAGCUCUGCACCAUCGCCCACAGCCUCGGCGGCGCCGCGGCCCUCAUCUACGUCGUGACCCAACGCAUCUUGGAGCGUCCCCACCGCCUCUCCCGCCUAAUCCUCCUCUCCCCCGCGGGCUUCCACCACGACUCGGGCCCCGUCUUCGCCCUCGCCGAGCGCCUCUUCCUCCUCUUCGCCCCUCUCGUGGGCCCGUUCGUACCCGCCUUCUACAUCCCGACCCGUUUCUUCCGGAUGCUUCUCAACAAGCUUGCCCGAGACUUCCACAACCUUCCCGCCGUUGGCGGGCUCGUCCAAACCCUAAUGGGCUACGUGGUCGGUGGGGACAGUUCUAAUUGGGUUGGGGUCCUCGGGCUUCCGCACUACAACAUGAACGAUAUGCCGGGGGUUUCGUUCCAGGUCGCGCUCCACUUGGCCCAGAUGAAGCGGGCCGGAAGGUUCUUGAUGUUCGAUUACGGCGGGCCGGGCCCGAACUUGGAGGUGUAUGGGGAGCCCGGCCCGUUGGAUGUCGGGGAGUAUUAUGGGUUUGUGGAUGUGCCGGUUGAUCUUGUGGCCGGGAGGAAGGACCGUGUGAUAAGGCCGUCCAUGGUGAGGAGGCAUUAUCGGGUGAUGGAGGAGGCGCACGUGGAGGUCUCGUAUAGAGAGUUUGAGUACGCGCAUCUCGAUUUCACGUUUUCGCAUCGGGAGGAGCUGCUGGCUUACGUCAUGUCGAGGCUGAUGUUGGUGGUGGGGCCCACGUCGGGGAGCGCGGCAACCGAAGUCGAUGAGGGAGAAGGGUGUAAUUAGGAGGAAUUGUGGGGGGUCUCAGUGUAAUUAAAGUGUAAAAGGUCACUCUGCUGCUCCCUUUAUUUUUUGUCUUGUGUUGGGGGUGGGGAGGUUGAAAUGAUAAUGAGNAAAGGUUAUGUAAAGUAUGUUGUGUAACUUUAAAA